ACGGCAGCCCGAUUUCAAAUGCGGCAGUGAAAAGAUCCUUCAGAGACCCACCCACUGCACUGAUGUUCUGUAGCAGUGCUUCCCACUGAAGAGCAGAGAGAGGGAGCGGUGAAGCUGAGGAGGAAGAAGAAGAAGAGAUGAACGGCGGAACAGCGGCGGUGAGCCGGUUCAUCAAGUGCGUGGCGGUGGGCGACGGCGCCGUGGGCAAGACCUGCAUGCUCAUCUGCUACACCUGCAACAAGUUCCCCACCGACUACAUCCCCACCGUGUUCGACAACUUCAGCGCCAACGUAUCGGUGGACGGGAGCAUCGUCAACCUCGGCCUCUGGGACACCGCUGGUCAAGAGGACUACAGCAGGCUGAGGCCUCUGAGCUACAGGGGAGCUGAUGUAUUCAUCCUCUCCUUCUCCCUCACCAGCAGAGCAAGCUAUGAGAAUGUGCACAAGAAGUGGAUGCCGGAGCUUCGCCGCUACGCGCCCGGCAUUCCUGUACUUCUUGUUGGAACCAAGUUGGAUCUCCGAGAAGAUAGAGCUUAUCUUGCUGAUCAUCCAACUGAGUCCAUUAUAACAGCUGAGCAGGGAGAGGAGCUCAGGAAGCAAAUAGGGGCGGUGGCCUACGUGGAAUGCAGCUCCAAGACACAAAGGAACAUCAAGGCUGUUUUCGACACUGCCAUCAAAGCAGUUCUUCAACCUCGGAGGCACAAGGAGAUAGCCCGCAAGGAAACUCGGACAGGAGCCGGUCGGUCUGUAAGGCGGUACUUUUGCGGAAGAGCUUGUUUCGUGUAAGCCAAGAAGAACAUUUUGAAGGCCUUUGCGCAAUGUUAUGUUCAGAUGGUCCAUGGCUGUGUCAAAAAAAUGGGACAGAAGGUGAUGGCAGAAGUAUCUCAUCGCUAGCAGCUAGAACUAUACAACUCUUGUGCACUGUGGCGCCUACUUGUGUUCCUAAGGUAAUAUGUAAAACUAUAUGAAAUGAAAAGAAAUCAUUGAAGCAACUGUGUUUGGUCGUGGCUAA